AUGUCAGGACACGGACACGGACACAUCACCUGGCCACCGCGGCUCCGGCGCACCGAUGUCUUGGGGGAAGUCAGAGAUGGUAAAUCGAAACCCUUUUCCUCCCUCCCCUCCCCUCCCCUCCCCUCCACCACCAUAUACAUCAUCAAAAAGACCAAAAAAAAAAUCGAAAAAGAAAGCAAGAAAGCAAGAACUAACACCCACCAUUUUCCCCCAAAGUCUCCAACCGCAAAAUCCACCGCGACGUGGGAAACCCCAUCUACCUGCGCGCAAACUGCUACUACAUCUUCGGCGACACCUUCUGCCACGACGCCGCGGGGGAAUUCCACGGCGUGAGCAACAACACGUACGCCCUCGUGCCGGAUCCGAGAAAAGAGCCGACGAGGUCCGAGUACUUGGAUGGGCAGUUGAAGGUGCGCGAGUAUAUUCCGUUUACGAGGAGUGAGGUGCGUUAUUUAUCCCCCCUAAUCUUUCUCUCUCAAAAUCUCACGCUAAUGCAAUUCCUUUUUCUUUGGGCCCAAACAGUAUGAAUACGAUUCCGGGCCCGAACAGAAGCAAAAGAACGACCGCAUGACGCUCUGGUCGUUCGGUGGCGUCGUGGAGAAUCCGCCGGAUGCCGGGACGGGAUGGGUUUUCUUCACCAAGAUGAUCACGCAUGGUGCGAUGCCGGGGCAUGGGUAUGGAGUUGGGGUCGCGAGGGCGACGGCGCAGCCCGAUAAGAAGAUCAGGAUGGAGAGGAUCAUGGGCGAUGAGAUGAUAUUUGGCGUAAGUACUAGCAGUGGUAGUAGGAGUAGUAGUAGAUCUUUGUCGAUCGUUUGGGGAUACAGAGAAACUGAUGAGGAAAAUCUAGGAAGGAGAGCCUUCGUUCGGUAGUGUGACGAACCUUUGCGAUGAUGAUGGAUGGGUGUAUACACUGGGUAUGGCAGUAGACACGUACCGGUUCGAUGGAUGAGAUUCUUACUGAUGCUCCCAAAUCUAGGAACGUACGAUCCGAAUCCCUCGCAACUCGACCUCCGUACUCACAUCGCCCGCAUCAGGCGCGACGCAGACUUCACCCAGCGUGCCAAUUACGAAUUCUUCAUCAACACCCUCGAUGGGAAGGGAAUGUGGUCCAAGACGUAUAACUCCAUCGACGAUCUCAAGCGACUCGGUGACAUGGACGUCCAAAGCCAGGGUGAAAUGAUCAAAGUACCCUCUUUCGCGCCAGAAGGCCGUCCAUACAUGUGGAUAGGCAACAACAAGUUCGGCGCCGGUAUAAUGUACGUCGGAUGCGCACCUCGGCCAGAAGGGCCAUGGGAGGUUGUCGAGAUGGGCGACAUCCCGAAUGACCCUGCGCCAUGGGAUGGGAAGAGCAGUGGUCCGAAGUAUUCGUUCUUCCCCAAUCCACGAGCGAGCGACUUGGACAGGGGAGAGAUUAUCUGCACUUGGACGGAUGCCGCGCAAAUGGGCGGUAAGGUGAUCGCAGCCAGGUUCUGGUUUGAAGGGGACUACGAGAGGGGACCUCCGCCGCCUGCGCAGGGAGCUCAUGUACAGCAGCCUGGCUCAGACGGAAAGGGCAGUGCUGGAUCUCAUCACAGUGGGUUGGGAGACAGGCUGAAGGGCAAGAUUGAGGGGUUCCUGCACAAGUAG